CUAACCGUGCGAGCGUGCACAGUAUGGUCCCGUCCAGCGACAUACGAUAGCCAACCUCCAUGACCUCUUCUACGAUAUUAUAAUAACGACAGAACGUAGUUUUCGUGACAGAAUAAUGAACGUGGGACCACACGAUUACCAAGAGUCUGACGAGGUUUCCGAAGCGUUCUCUGAAGGAACAAUAUCAAGAUGCAACAGCGUGGAGAAGAUGACCGUGACCGUUCUGGCAGACGGCCUGGUAGAGGAGAGGUUUCGCGUCGACAGAAGAAAGUUAGAGGCGAUGAUAUUGGAUUUUAUCAGCUGACGACUUCUUUCAGAGGAUUAUGGAUGAGACGAAGACAGAGAUCAAAUACCCAAAGUUCCUGAAAGUUGGUGCAAGAAACAAAAAAGAUCCACAUGUGCGAAUAGUAGGAAACCCCGAGUCCGUACGAGUGGCAGGUGCCAUGGUGCGACAAGAACUCGAGCCUCACAAUAAGGUUACGAUGAAAAUGGAUGUGUCGUGGACUCACCAUUCUCAUAUCAUAGGAAAAGGAGGCAACACGAUACAGCCAGUAGUAAAGAGAACAGGUGUGAGCAUUCAUUUUCCUGACGGUAAUAAAAACAGUGAAGUGCGCAAGAGUAAUCAGGUGUCGAUCAACAGUCGGGGUGAAGAACUAGCCGGCUUGGAAGAUGCACGUGGUGCUAUCCGAGAGCUGACUCCUCUCGUCUUCUCCUUCUCCCUUUCCGCAAAUGCUCAGUUUGUUAAUAUAUCUGACCCUAACAUGCUGAUCUUCCAUGUGCAGAAUACAUAUAAUGUUCAGGUUGAUUUGAAACUUACCGGAGAUGUAUCUCCUCAUAUUAUUGGUUCUGUGAGGGGAAGCGAGUGGGAUGCUCCUCGUGUAAAGGAAGCUACAUUAUUAAUUUUGCAGGCCUAUUGUGACUCUCUUGCAAUCAUCAAGAACAAGAGAUCAGAUGGUAGACGCCCUGUUAUUAUCAAGGGAGCAGAGAAGAAUGCAGGUAACAUAUAUGAAGCGUGGCGUCUGUUGUCGCAGUUGGAAAAGGCACCGCCAAAAGCAAGAAUACCCCCAAAUUACCAUAUAUCGGAAGCAGCACCACUGUAUGGUCUUAGCACAGAUCUGAACCUGAGCUGCUGGCUAGGUGGCGGCAGUGGAGGGUCGUCCCCCCUGCCCUCCCCCACCGCCACGCCCGGCCCCCAGGGGGUACCCAACCCUAUCUGGAACCAGGCCCCGGCCACGAACAGCUCUUUGCCUCCGCACUUGGCUAGAUCUCAGUACAAUACCUUUAUGGUAGAUCCAAGCAAUUAUUAUGCUGCCAACUUGCUGCUUCGCACUGGUGGAAUUAAUGGGUGUAACAACAACUGUAUCUUGCCAAACUCAUCUCAAGGUGUUGGUGCCAAAACUGCAUUGAAUAUCAAUGCAGUUAGCAAUGGAAUCAGUGGGUUAAAAAUAGCUUGCAAUGAUGCUUCAUGUGGAACAAGCAGCAACAGUGGGAGUUCAUUGUCAUCACCGACUCCUUCCCCGCGUAACCCAUCACCAGAGCAGAUGGUUUCCUGCCACAUGGGCACCCCGUCGCAGCAGACCAAUUGUAACGAAGCAGAGCAAUCUUCUUCCAGUGAUAUAAAUGCUAUUUCUGCAUUACUGACUGACUUUGAUCGCCGUGCUCCAGGAUGUGAGAAAAAACAAAUUGAAAUGGCAGCACAGAAAUUGACCUUAUCAGAUUACAGCUCAAAGAAAGUGCAGGCUGCUAAAGCAAUGAAGGAACAAGUCAGCUCAAACCCCCGCACUCCAACCUCCAAUUGGUCAGGUUAUGGCUUUAGUAAGAGUCUCCCAGGCUACAUCAUACGGCAGAAGAUGCAAGAAAGCCGUCAGAUGAAAGCAGCUCAUAAGGGAACCUCUAAUGAUGACUGGGAAUCUUGGCAUCAGCAGCAAGACGUUUCAACAACUGAAAUGCCGCCACCUCAAAAUCUUCAAAAUAUUCAUUAUCCAAGUAGAAUGACAAAG